ACUAACCUAUGACGACUUAAUUGUAAGUCGUUUAGUUUCAAUAAAAUAUUGAUAUUUUAAUUUUUACCAGAUGACUGAAAUGUAAGUCGUCCAGGAAAGUCAAACUUCUGAAAUAAUCCAGUCAAAUAACUAAUCUAUGACGACUGAAAUGUAAGUCGUCUAGGUUAUUUGGAGUUUUUUUUGUAACCAAACAAAAGCAGACGACUUAACUUUCAGUCGUCUAAGAAAACAGAUUUGAAAGUCAGUUGCAAAAAUAACUUCUGCGUUGACCAGACAACUUCCAAGUAAGUCGUCUACAGCCAGGUAAGUCGUCUGGACGAACAAAUCUGAAAAAAAAAACUCGAUUUCAUAUCUUAAAUUGGUGAGAUUACUUCCUUAGCACACAUAAGGCUUCUCCAAGCACAUGGAAUUUCAAAUGAAAGUGACCCAUCCAAAAUUAUUAGCUUCUAUGACUCUAUGAACCAUAAAAAAUGUAGAAUCAAAAUCUUGGAUUUUUUUUAGUUGAAUGGGGAGAGAAAGUGAGAGAUAUGUUAUGUUUAGUUCAUAAGAAAAGAAAAAGAAGAAGGGUAAAUCGAUUUUGGGAGCAUUAAGAGCUUUAAAUUGGUUGUUCAUGGUGGUUGGGGUAUUGAAGACAAUAGCAAUCUUGUAAUUACUUGAAGAUGAUGAGGGUGGAAGAGUAAAAAUAUCAUUUUUGAAAAAAAAAGUGAUGGCAUUUUCGUGAAUUAUAUAAACUUGUGGGGUAAAUAGGACAAAACCAAUUUCCAAAAAAGUGAGGUUAGUUUUGUGUUUGACUUUGAAUUCUAGGUCAAUUUUGCAAAAAAACCCUAAAUAUAUUGAUUGUGGUAAGUCACCACUUGCUGAGCAUAAAGUAUUUACUUAGAUUUUUUUUUUGGUACAAAUGUUAAAAUUCCAUACGGAACUUUUUUGAGUUUUACAUUGUUGCAAGACUAACUUAUUACAGAGCUAAGGGGAAAUAAAGAGACAACACAACAAAACAAGUUAGCUAUAAGGAGCAAUGAACCAAAAAUACAACUCGAAAAGAGAGUGAGCAUCAGAUGGGUUAGGAUAUGAAGGGAGAGCAGCCUGUCACGAAGUUCCGUGUCCACUUGCUUGAAGAAGGUCCCUUGCUGAGGAGAGGUAUCCCGGAAAAUGCGAGCAUUACGCUCCUACCAAAGGUUGUACAUGAUGACCUGAAGGGUGAGCUUCAUUAGGACUUUGACCUGAGAAGAGAAUUACCCAUUGUACCGUGAGAUCAUGGCCACCACUGCAGGGAGGUCCGAGGGAGGAGAGGAGAUAAAUCUUCCACAGAAGCGACUCCACACAUCAACUGCGUAAGAGCAUCCGAAGAAAAGGUGCUGAUGAGAUUUCCUGCAACUGGAACACAAACACACAAUUUUCUGGAACUGAAAGUCCCCAUUAUGCCAAUCGAUCCCUCGUUGGUAGUCUUCCUACCAUUGAUACCAACUUAUGAACGAGCAACGCGGUAUUUCUUCUUUGAACCAAACCGCAUCAUACCAAUCAACCUCAGGUGAUGGGUCUUGUUAGGAUUUUAACCUCAACCUUGUGCUAUAGAAUUUGAAUAAACUUGAUACCGAAACUUGUCUUUUCUUUUAUUCACUACCAAUAGGUUUCUCAAGAACAAAAUAUAAAGAUCACAAGCCUAAGCAAUAAACGCUCUUUGUAAGCAAUAAACGCUCUUAGGUCUGGCUUUGAUAGUGUUUAAAGACACAUCCACCGGGAAGCAUUUUCACCCUUGCCAGAAAAAUAAACGGUUCGUCAGUCACGUGGGGUGCAGUGCUCGUCCAUGCACGAUUUCUUGUUUGUGUGUCAGUUGGCUUCUACGUCUAUACUCUAUAGAGGUUCUUAUUGUAGCACUUGAGUUUUUUUGGUCAAAUUCUGAACGUUUGGAAAAUUGCAACAGGAAAAAUAGGGUCCUAGAAUCCACGGAGGAUCCAAGACGAGGUGAACAGGUCUAGAAGACGAUCUAAAAUGGUAGAGAGAUCAUUUUGAAGAUGCUGAAUCUGUGUAAUGAUGAUGGUGAUAGAGAAGAAGAUUUGAUGAAGAAGAUACAGUUGUAUUCUUAAUUAAUAAAUCCCAAAUGAACAAACGCUUACAAAUAAUGUUUAGUACAAUAAAUUGGGAUCAUGAGAGUACAACUAGACCAAUUAGACCAAAUGACCAAUGGUAUUGAUUUAUCCUGUAUAAAAAAUCGGAGCCUUCUGUGAAACAUCCUUAAGGUAUUCCAGAGUGGCAGUUUUAACUUGAGUUUGUCAGUGUACCAAAAGACGCAGUUAUAUUUAUGAGCCAGUGGAAAAACAUAAUUUCUGCGUGAUUGUUUAUACAUUGCUUGUUUAUCCAAAACGUGAUGAACGUAAGGUAUUUUCUUUAUAAAAAAAUUGAAAUGUAACUUUCUAAUGGUUAUAAUAAGAUGAUGUUAUUUUACCAAACUAAAAGAAGCAAAAGAAAACUACUUUUCCAAUUAUUUAUGCAUUGCGUUUGCAUGUAUAUAUAUCUUGUGCUCAAAUAUAUUUUAUUUUUGGAUAUGAAACUUUCUACAUGUUAAGUAGAGGUCCCGACAAUUAGAAAACAUUUUUUAAAACAAAUGUCAAAUGUGGUUUAAUGCUUAAUACAUUUGUAGAAAAAAUUGUUGCAAUGGUUGGGGUUUUGUUACUGCCGCCUAUUUCUGGAUUAAUGGUUCAAACAAAGAAAAACUUUCACCGAAUCCACCGUGAUUCACGUUGUCACAUACGUGAGAUGAAAAUGUAAGGUUUUCUUCUGUCGAUUUUAAGUUUUACCAACUCUAUAUAUAUCCAAGAAUCAACACUUUUAAAACCUAUACUUGCCAAUUUAUUUGAUUAUAAGUUGGUAUAUUGCAUUUGACAAGGUUUAUCAGCAUGAAGAAAUGCUUAGUAGGAGGAGCCUUUAUAAUAGUGUUGAUUGCAUUAGGGGUAUGGGCUAUUAUUUCCUGUAUACCUCCACCUUCUAAGAUAUGCGGUCCGCCCGGUGGACCGCCUAUUACCGCCCCUAGGAUACGGCUAAGUGAUGGACGCUAUCUAGCCUACGAAGAACAUGGUGUUAGUAGACAAAAUGCCACUUUCAAGAUCAUCUUUAUCCAUGCUUUCGCCACCUUCAGACGUGAUGCUGUUAUCGCCAACCGUGUUCGUCCUGGGUUUCUUGAGAAGAACGGCAUCUACGUGGUAUCAUAUGAUCGACCAGGUUAUGGAGAGAGCGAUCCUCAUUCCCGUCGCAGUGAAAAGACAUUAGCUCAUGACAUUGAACAACUCGCUGACCAACUACAACUUGGUUCCAAGUUUUAUGUGGUUGGAUACUCAAUGGGAGGCCAAGCCGUUUGGGGUGUUCUCAAGUACAUCCCUCACAGGCUCGCUGGAGCCACACUGCUUUGUCCUGUAACCAACUCAUGGUGGCCUAGUUUCCCUGAUAGUUUAACUUGGGAGCUAUGGAACAAGCAAACUAAAACCGAAAGGUUUGCGAUGCUCAUUACUCAUCACACGCCGUGGCUACUCUACUGGUGGAACCAUCAAAAGCUGUUUCAAACAUCAGCUGUGAUGCAGUCAAGCCCUACGAUAUUCUCACCUCAAGAUAUGGCUUUACUGCCCAAGCUGGCCGUAAGGGUGUCUUACAAGAACCAAACAACGCAGCAAGGGGUACAUGAAUCAUUGGAGAGGGACUUGAUUGUGGGAUUUGGGAAAUGGGGGUUUGAUCCAAUGAAGAUUGAGAAUCCCUUCCCGAAAGGUGAAGGGUCGGUGCAUUUGUGGCAAGGGGAUGAUGAUAGGCUUGUACCGAUACAGCUACAAAGGAUCAUUGCUCAGAAACUAAGUUGGAUAAAGUAUCAUGAGAUUCCAGGGGCUGGUCAUUUGUUUCCUAAUGCUGAUGGGGUGGCAGAAACAAUAUUGAAGGAACUAUUGCCUAUUCCCCAAGCAUCUUAAUAUUCAAUUCACUCUCUCUCUUUUUUUGGUUAAAUGUUACAUUGUUUAGACUCAAGAAAGAAU